AUGAACCGCGGGAACGACGCCAACCUUCGUCGAGCAUCCGACCGACCUUUGUCCAUUCUUCCUGCGUCAACCGUGUCAUUGAACAUCCACGCGACCGAGUUUGUUCCCAAGCAUGAAGCGGUCUUCCGCCAUGAGUACCCAUCCUUGACAACCUCCAAGCUCCGACGGCCGAAGAAGCCAACAACGACGACUACCACCCCAUUGACCUUUCAUACUGUCGUCGCCACGCCCACUCGUGCUCCGUUGUUGCCGCCAUCGCCGCCACCUUCCGUUCCUGCAGGCUUUGUCCUUCUGUCCAAGGUCUCCAAGCCUUCGCUCGUCCAUGCUAACACAGUCGUCGAAGUGGAGCCACCCCAACAAACCUUAACCACUGCCCCAGAUCAACUUGUACCAGUCCAGUCGACCACGAGGCGAAGGCAUACCAAGACGCGCGUGUCCGAGUGGCGCGCGCCGCCGUCACAGCCUCCUCUUCCUAGCUCGCCAUCGACGACACAGGACGACUUCGCCGACCUAACGCCAUUGUCACAACCAGCAUUGACGAGGAAAGAUGCGCAGGGUCGAUCGCCGGGGUAUUUCUUUCACGUUGCUGCACAAUCCAAAGUGCAUGGUCGCCAAAGUAACUACGAUGACGAAAUCGGUGACAAUGCAGCGAAUCGAUGUCAUCGAAUCACAGCACCUCGACCCCAAGCGUCGACGGCAGUGGCACUUGAAGUACCAAGUGCCCAUUCCCAGUUGCGCGAGGCUUGGCGAACCAUGGCGGCACGCAUUCUAACCUCGGCGCACCUGACGCUCGAGGACUUUACCGCGCUGUCCACGCACUUGACGACCCACCGCGCACUCCUCUUGUGGGACGAGCGCGACGACGACCGCCGGAAUGCAUGGCAUGUUGCCGCCGCCCACGGACACGAUUCGGUCCUCACGCUGCUGCAUGGCCUCGGCGACGGCCUCGACGCACGCGACCGCAAAAAACUCACGCCUUUGCACGCCGCUGCCGCGAACGGACACCCGUCGACUGUCCGGCUGUUGCUUUCGUUGGGGGCCAGUCCCGCCGCCGUCGACAAACACGGGAAUACCCCGUUUCACGUGGCCUGUCGGGAAGGCCACGUCGCCGUGGUGAAAGUGUUGUUGCCCAAGAGCAAAGUCGACGGGCGCAACCGCCGCCGCGACACGCCGUUGCUCUUGGCCGUUCGAAGCGCGGCUUCCAAGCCGCCUCCGUGCAGCCAAUCAAAAGCGUAUGUGGAAUGGAUGGACGUGGUGCGUUUGCUGCUCGUGGCCGGGGCGUCGCCUUUGGUGGCCAACCACGACGGCCACACUCCGUUGUACGAGUCGUUGCUGUCGCCGGGCUUGGCUUUGGCGCAGAAGUUGCUCGUGUAUGGGUACCCCACCGCUGCCAACACCAGCCAAUCAGCAUCGCCCACGACUGCGCUGCUGUCCGUCUUGUACCAGGCCGUGUGUACAGGGCACGUCGAUGCCGUCGAGUUACUCGUGCCAUACUUGCCACCUUCCGAGUGGCUGGUUGUGGACAAAGUCUUCGGCGAUUCGCUUCUACAUGCGGCCGUCCGCCACGUCCGCGUCACGAACGCGCUGCUGCGGGCGUUGAUCCAGUCGUCCCAACACGGAAAAGCCCUCCACGCAGCCGAAAACAAGGCGCUCCAAACGCCGCUGUUCCUGGCCAUCCAUUUGGGAAACGCGGACGCCGUCGCCCGACUCUUGGCGCACGGAGGGGUCCCCAACGAACGCAACCGCCGACUCCACUCGGCGCUGUACGUGGCCGUGCGAACGCACCAGAUCCCGUGCGUUCGGGAGCUCAUUGCGGCGGGCUGCUCAUUGGACGCAGACUGUAUCGCAUUCGUCAAAGCGCACACGCCGAUGGCGUUGCCGCCGCUGGUUGCUGCGCCUAGUACGUGGUUGCCAGCAACAACAACGUCCGACAUGCAGACGGUGGUGUGUACGGUGGACGGACAGGUGGACGCAGUGCACAUUGCACUUUUAGUCGGUCACUGCCCGUCCCUUCGCGCUCGAUUGUGUGGUCCGUGGGCGGCGGCCACGUCGACGUCGUCACUGGCCAUCGACGCGACGAGGUCGACGUGGACGCUGGUCAAGGCGUACUUGUACCACGGGGGGUGCAGCAACUUGCUUAGCAACGUCGAAGAGAAUGGGGAGGAACUGGUCGAGUUACUCGUGUUGGCCAAUUCGUUGCUGCUGUUUGACCUGCAACGCCUAUGUCUGGCCACGCUGCAGCAAGCGCUGACUCCUCGCGACUUUCGAGAGCUGGAGACCCAUCUCGGAACGCUGGCUUGUCGUGACAGCGAUUGCGAUGACGUGGCAGCACGUGUGAUCGACACGUGGCGACAUGACAGAAGACAGCUCCUGGCCAACCAAUGGCUGGCCAACGUCGCUUUAAUCGCCGAAGGCGGCGGCGGCUCCCAGCCAUCGAAUGUCCAUACAUGCCAUCGCGCAGUCGUGUCCGCCGCCUCCCCCGUUCUCCGAGCCCACUUCAACUUGAAUCAUACCGAGUACUCGCUGCCUUUUACAACCAAAGUGGUCGACUUUGUGCUUGAAUUCAUGUACACUGAGACACUGGCGGAGCUGGUGGACCUUCCAGUCGACAUGCUAGUUGACAUUGCUCAAGCCAGCGUUGCGCUAGACCUCGCUGGCUGCGUGGCGCUGUGUGAGCGGACGUUGGUUCAUCGAGUGAUGCAAAGUGGAUGUGACGUGGGGCUGCUGUCAGUGGCCGACACGGUCGUUGCCUACUGA